ACUAAAGUGCCCUAGUUCGCCGGUCGCGCGCGCUGAGUCGGGCGGCUUUGAGUGUCGCAAUUGGUAGCCCUUCCUGUGCUCGGAGUCUUCCCCUCGGUGGGGAAGUUCAGGCCGAACGUUUAGCGGGCGCUGAAGAAGGGGGACAUGUGGGGGACCUGUCCAUCUCCAAGAUGUAUUUGACUGAUGGAUCUAUUUUCAACUUCUCACAGUCUCUAAAGAGAACAAUCACUACACUUAUGGCAGGGGUUUUGCAUUCAGUAGUUCACAGGACCCCAGGCAGAUUACAGACUGUGACAAAAGGUGUGGAGUCUCUCAUUUGUACCGAUUGGAUUCGUCACAAAUUUACCAAGUCAAGAAUUCCAGAUAAAGUGUUUCAGGCUUCACCUGCAGAUCAUGAAAAAUAUGGUGGGGACCCACAGAACCCUCAUAAAUUACAUAUUGUUACCAGAAUAAAAAGUACAAAAGGACGUCCAUAUUGGGAAAAAGAUAUAAUAAAGAUGCUUGGAUUAGAAAAAGCACAUACCCCUCAAGUUCACAAGAACAUCCCUUCAGUGAAUGCAAAACUGAAAGUGGUUAAACAUUUGAUAAGAAUCAAGCCCCUGAAGUUGCCACAAGGACUUCCAACAGAGGAGAACAUGUCUAACACGUGCCUCAAGAGCACUGGGGAAUUAGUGGUGCAAUGGCAUCUGAAACCUGUGGAGCAGGAAGCCAUUGAGUCCUGAUGCCAUCACAACUUCAGAUUAAAAAGUGCAAAUCAUUUUUAUUUAAAGAUGGUGAGAAAGUGUUUUCAUUAAAAUAUAUUGUAAAUUCUAGUCAUUUCCACUGACUAAACCUGCUGUGAUUCUUUCUUAGUUUAGACUUUGAGGUUUUAGUGCUAUGAUUUGGUUUAAUUCUCUCACCUUUCUCCCUAAUAGUUUCACUCCAAAAUGGGUAAGAAUGGCAUUGUUCAAAUAUCUAGGUUGGUUUGUUUGUUCCACUCUGGCAAGCCAGCUGGAUCUUCCUAGGGCACAGGGUGGGAGCUUUUCUGAAAUGGGGGGUGGCCAGUGAGGGUUCUCCCCUCUCUCUCUUUGCAUGAUGGUACAGCCUCAGAGCAAUGUCAAGAUCCAGGGAAACUUUGUUGGAGACACAUAACUGGGGCCUGAGUUCUCUGAUCACCUUGUACUCAUAUGUUAUGAGAAUUGACUGGUGGUGGGAAAAGAUUAAAGCACAAGGAAAAGUUGAUUUGAAAACUUUAUUCUUUUUGUUUCAGUGUUCCCCUCAACAACUAAGUAAUGACUGAAUGUCAUUCACUUUAGGAUAGAGUCUUGUAGCUUCACCAUGAAUGAGCAGAAUUACAAUUUGAUUAUAAUUAGCAUUGCUGUAUUUUAGAGUAAGAGGGAAGAUGUGCAUUUUCUGAUCAUGUCUCUUUGAUGUUAAAAUCAUUGUCCAUAAAAUAUACAUUUCUGGCUAUUAUAUCAUUAGAAUAGUCUUAGAGUGUAGUCAGUCUGUUCACAUCAAGGUUUGUAAUGUUACCUAUACCUGCAUUAUAUGCUGCAACCUCUCCUGUAAAGAACAGAAAACAAGAACAUCAUCAAGGGUGAAGAUGCAGCAGGACCACUUGACUUUGGGGUAUAUUAAAGGUACUACUCUUGAAAAAUAAAAGAAAGAAAAAUUA